GUCACAGGUCAGUUGAAGCAAGCGAAAGCAGACCGAAGAUGGAAGUGUUGUUGCUGCUGAUCCUGCUAAUUCUGUCUUCAGCCAGUUCUCAUGACAUUGAGAACAGUACGCAGCAGAAAGACGAUUCCAGUGGCAUCCCUCCAACUUCAGUGAACAGACCGAUGCUAACAAAUCUGCCACUUUUAAGUGUUCGUAACUUCAGACAGAAGAGGCAAGUUCAGUCUUCCUCCUUUGUCCCUAUCAAUGGCACUAACCUGAUGUGGGUGACCUGGAACAACUCUCUUCCUAAUCAUACCGUCUCGAUUUACAAUGGCUAUACUAAUCGAGUGGAUUAUAUUUGUAAGUGUAAUUGUGACGCUGGCUUUUAUACGCCCAGCAAGGGUCGAUAUUGCUCCUUUUCCAGUAAUAAAAGGAAUAAAAUAGGUUAUAAAUUUGAAAUACUGGUUAACAAAGACAACUUUGAGAUCCUGGAGUGGAAUGCUGGUUCGUAUGGUUCAGUACCAAAGAAUUCAGUCUGGACCUGCCCAGGGAAGCAAAUAUAUGUGGGCAAGAACCAAUAUGGACUGGGGAAGGUGUCCACUCAAGAUAAGGCUUUGUACUUGCCUUUUAUCACAAAAGAACGUUCAUACAACAACUAUAAGGUCUUGACCAUCAGUGAAAAUGUAAUCAGCCAACUGAUCUACAAUAUCAGAUACAACAAUGAUGAUUCUAAAGUCUUCAAAUUUCCUCCUGAGGUCAUGCAUGAAGCAACCAUCAGCAAUCAUGAAUGUCACCCCGUAGUGAAAACAGAGACACUCUCAAAGACAUAUGAGGUGCAGCAGAGGUGGGACUUCACCUUUUCUAUCAUGUUUGGUGCUAAAACCACCAUUAAGGCUGGCUUUCCAAUCUUUGCAGAAGGAACUAUUGAGGUCAGCACAGAGGUGCAGUUUCAGUUUACAAAGGGAGCCACUGUGACAGAGAGUAUGACUGACACUGCCUCUGUGGUGCUUACCGUGCCACCAAACCACUCCUGUAAAUUUUCCACUGUUCGGCGCAAAGAAAAAGUUGAUAUCUCAUUCACAGCACUCCUCAGGCGUACUUACGGUAAUGGAGAGAUCCACACAACGUCAAUCACUGGGACAUAUGAUAAUAUUCACACUGGAAAAAUCCAGACUGUGGUCGAUCGAUGUGAACUUCUAGAAAAAUUCAAGCCUUGUCCGGUCCAAUCCAAAUCCAGUGAGCAGAAAAACGCUACAAAACACACAAAACACAAUGGAAAUAGGAAAAAACAAAACAGAAAUAGGAAAAAACUGAGGCAAUUGUCAGUUAAUGUGAACUUCUUAGAAACCCCCAAACCUUGUCCAGUCCAAUCUAGUUCCAGUAUGUCUAAUAAUGUCAAUCUUGUUUUUCUUCUCUUAACAUUAUUUUACCAUUUUUGCUUUCUUUGAAUCAGUUUGAGAUGAAUGUGAUUAAACAGAAAUGCAUGGAAAAGCUUUUCUGGUUUUAUGGUCUUUACAAUAUAAAUUGACUGCUGUUGUGAACUGGUGCUAAAUUAAGAGUAAAAGUCAUUUAGAAAAUGACUUAUCCAAUAUUUUUUCUGCAAAUAAUUCCAUUAGUUUUUAUAUACAUUUGUCCAACUUUUAUGGAAAUUGUUCUAAUUGUCCUAACUGUAUAUAGAUAUGUAUUUGCUUAUAUAUUGUGAGAUUAUUAUACUGUCAUAUGUUACAUUAUACCUUUAAUCAAAGAAUGGUUGAAUCAUGAUACUGCUCUAGGCCACAUUAUACUUCUUCUUAUAGAUUGUGUAAUAAUUAUGUAGUUUUAGUUUGCAUUAUACUCCUGAGUUAGAAGAAUGUGAAAAUCAUUAGAUUUAUUAGAUUGAUUUGUAUGACAUUCCAUACUGCUGAUUUAUAAAGAGAAUACUGUUUGCAGAGAAUCAUGGCCUUGCUUUUCUGAUUGUAGAGCGAACAGAGCAUGCUGCAUGAGAGCUUCUCCCCCACCUUUGUUGGAAGCAGAAAAACAGGGAGCCUAGGUCAUAAGUCACGCUCACUGAGAGAUAGAAAGCAUGUGGAUGUUUAGAUUUUUAUGACUAGCUGGGGGCCAUCAGAGAGUAUAAGAGUUUGAGUAACGGCCGACAUUUUGAGAUCUGCUGUGACCCUCUUCAGGCACAUCUCCCAUCCCGGAUGUAUUGCGCAUUGUGUUUAUAUGAAAUAAUAAGAAUUGUAUGGAUUAAAGUGAUUGUUGAUUGAGCAUUUAUACACCGAGUGUUGUUCUUCCUUCAGCCCAAAAAUCAAAGAAUUGAUCUUGAAUAUCAUGAAUUUUGAGAGACUGAUAAAGUCACACACACACAGACACACUCAAAUUCAUGUUGUUGCUGUUAGAGGAGGCUCUACAAGACACUGAAUAAUGAUUUUACUUUUAUUCUUCACACACUGAU